CGACUCGCCGUCAGUACCUCUUCAGUCAACAUGAAGGCGCUGCGUGCUGCCGUAUCCGGCUCGCGUGUGCGUUUCAUGCAGGACGGGUUCGACCUGGACCUGACGUACAUCACUCCCAAGCUCAUUGCCAUGGGCUACCCAGCCUCAGGCGUCGAGAAGACGUACCGUAACGACAUCAACGAGGUCGCCAACUUCCUCAACUCUCGACACCCGAACGCAUACCGCGUCUACAAUCUGAGCGAGCGCUCGUACGAUUACAGCAAGUUCGAAGGACGUGUGAGUGAAUGUGGCUUUCCUGACCAUCACCCGCCGCCCCUGCAGCUGCUAUUGGACAUUAUGAACGACAUGAUCGAGUGGGUAGCCAAAAGUCCCAAACACGUCAUCGUAGUGCAUUGUCUCGCUGGAAAAGGUCGCACAGGUGUCGUGUGCUCGUGCUACUUGCUGCUUACGGGCUACUACGGUAGUGUCUUUAAGUUGCGCAAGGAGCGCGAGCUCCGAGAGCUGGCGAACUCGAGUAUUCGCGACUUCUGGAACGCUAGAGGCCAAGGAGUGCGCUUCCCCAGUCAGGCACUGUAUAUUUAUUACUUUAUUAAAGUACUACGCAGACUGGGACGUAUGCCGGCGCAGAUCCCGCCACUGCGACCAGCCAAGAAGAUGCUACUGCAGAGUAUUGUGCUCAACGGAGUGCCCGAUUUUGAGGCUCCACCGAGAGGAGGAUGUACCCCGUUUCUACAGGUUUUACCAGCCCCGUCACAACAUCAUCAGCCCCAUUUACUCUACAAUAGCUCGUGGCAAAGACCCAAAUUCGAAACCUACUUGGCAGACCCAAACGGAUCGAUCAUGUUCGAGGUAAAUGCAGAGGUGCAGGGCGACGUGAUGGUGAGGUGCUUCCACGCCAACACGACCAAUAUUUUGGGCAAGCACAUGGUCAAGAUGUUCCAUUUUACAUUCAACACCGAUUUUUUCCACAAUUACAGCAAUUUGUAUCGCCUGCCGAAGGUGGAAGUGGAUGAAGCCACAGGAAACCAACGAUAUCCGGAUAAUUUCCAGGUGGUUUGUCACGUGGAGAUGCUGGAUCAGAAUGGGGAUCCGUUUCCUCCAAAGUCUACGUCUUCGUCUUCAGUCUUGCAGUCAGACAGUAGCAGUAGCAUUCGUGACGAUAAAGUAGAGCAGACUCGGACUGUGAGACCGCAGUCGGCGCCUCCGCUGUCAGCGCCGCAACCACGUCGCAUGACCGUACCGUCUCAGCCCUAUUAUGAUAAGCAGAUCCAACGUCAAGCCUCCUUGAAACCCGAAGAAUCAACGCCUACCAUGCAGGGCUGGCUGUAUAAACAGGGAGGCUUCGUCAAGAACUGGAAGAAGCGAUGGUUUGUAGCACGCGAAGGCAAGAUGAUGUACUAUCACGGAAUGUCGGAUGCGACGCCGCUCGGUGUUGUAAACUUGCGGCGUAUCACAGUGGAGAUAUGUGAACCACACGAGGUGAACGCAAGGAACAAGUGUUUACACUUCUUCAAGGUCGUUCCUCCUAGUGCUGGCCAGCGCACGUAUUAUUUCGGUGCCCAGUCUGAACAGGACUUGGUGGGCUGGAUCCACGUUCUUGGUGCCCAGUCUGCGUACGGUAUCGUUAACGGUAUGUUGCAACGGAGAGCUUCGAUGCAGCGCAACAAUACGUUCGCUACACGUGCGUCAUACCAGCAGGAGUACCAUUCACACAGUCGUGGUGCUGAUCGACGGCGUCCCAGUAGCGAUGGUACGCAAAGUUAUCAUCUGAGCGACACGAGGUCUUCGCUGCCAGCUAUGGCGAUGUCUGCACCGCCAUCGGCGUUUAGUACACUGCACGACGUACGUCCAUCGACACAACUUAGCGCUACUAAGCUUGCAUUCGAACUCACUCCGAGUGAAGCCAGUCACUUGCCACAACCAUCAGAAGCUGACGCAUCAACGUCACGACGUGAGAGUAUGCCAAGUGAUUUCUCGGACGCUGCGCACCGUGCACUAGACAUGCGCUCGUUGUCGUUCACUGACAACGAAGACCAAGAGGGCGACAGACUGUCGUCGACAUCCGCUAUGCCUCAGUGUGUACCUGCAGAGCCUGUUGCCGACCUGACUAAUACGUUAUCGGCGCGAGAGCAAGCGUCAUUGUUGCAAGAAGUCAAUGGAUUUGAAGCUGGAAUCUACAUUUACUCGGCAGAUGAGCUGCAGGAGGCGGCUCUGUUGCAGAAGUAUAUGCGGGCGACUCGAGGGGCAACAGGUCGAGACGGAGCUGACCCGGAUCGGGCCGCGAACGGACUUAAGGUCUCGCCGUCGGGCUCACUGAGUCGGCAGCUGCAUCAUUAUGUGGUGCAAAGACGCAUGGGCGACGCUGAGCAAUUGCUGACGGAGCUUGUGUUGACGAAAUUUCCGAGACUUAUCGAUGCGAUGGACCACGACCCGCUGGCGUUCACUCAACUGAUCGCUGGCGGAGAUAUCUCACUAGCGAGCAACCGACUACAAGACCAGGAAGAUGUGACUGCUCCUGCUGUCAGACAAGACUCAAAUGGUAAUCGUCGGGCUGUCUUCUUCUAGAAGUGUCUAUUUGCUACAAUACUACGGAAUAGUUUACUGAU